UUGCUUUCCCGAUCCGGAAGUUGCGACAACAAACAACGGAGGAAGUCUCGCUUCAACACUAACAUCACGACGACAUCCUCGCAACCGCCAAAAUGGCGCGGCAGAACCAGCCCACCUAUGACUUCCUGUCGGGCGAUCAGGAACAACGGCAUCCUUUACGCGAAACCAUGAAGCAAUCCACUGUGACGCGACCGGACAUCAACAACGAGGAUCUCCGCGCACAGUUGCGGACUGUGCAAUAUGAGCUGGACUCGAUUAAACAGGAACGCGAACUGCACGAUCUACAUCAGCAACAGGAGCUGCGUGAGGCGCAGAGUCGAGCAGAAGCAGACUUCAAACGAGCGCAAGCUGCAGAGAGCGCUGCCAAUGUCGCGACGAAGAAGCUUGAUGCGCUGGUACGAGAGACACAGGAAGAACGAGACAGGCAUGCGAACGAGAAAUUGCAGCUAGAGAAGAAGGCUCGUGGGUUGCAAGACGACAAUCGAGCCCUACGCGACGAUCUCGAAGAGGCGAAAGCAGACCUUGAAGGAGCUGGGAGGCAGAGCCAAUAUGCGUACAGUGAGCUGGAACAAAAAUACAAUACGCUGUCAGCGUCGGUCGAGGAUAUACAGCAGGAUUUGAGUAGUAAGGUAUCGGCUCUGCAGAGUGUCCAGCAGAAACUCGUGCGGAAAGAGACAGAAGUUGGAGAGCUGGAGAAUGAGGUGCUGCGGUUGAAGGCACAGACUGGCGAUUCAGAUACGCUCGCAGUGAUCAAGAAAGAGUUGACAGAACAAGUCACAUACAUCAAGAAGUUGGAGCAGACCAAUCGAGAGCAAUUGUCCGAGCUUAAGCAGUAUCGCAAGACGUCGAAGAGCAUUGAGGUUGUCGAAGAGGAGAAGCGGGCGCUAGAAGCAAAGGUGCGCAUGAUGGAGGACCUCCGCAAAGAGCUUGCAGAGGCGCAACUACAGAAGCGCAUUCUCGAGGACGAAAAGUCCAGCUGGACAAGCUACUUGGAGGCUGAAGCCGCCGAGGGCGAGGACCUGCGAUACGAGACACCAGAACAAAUGGCAAAGGCUUUCUUGCAGGAAAGGCUGGAGAGACUGGAGCUAUUGAACAAGCUGGGGUCGAUACAGCCUGAGCUGAAUGUCAAGGAUGAGAACAUUCAGGCAUUGCAGAACGAGAAAGCACGUCUGCAGAGCGAGCUGGAGGAAGCUCGAAAUACUGCUGCCAAUGGAUCUGUAGCGACAGGUGGCGACGCUAAAGCCAAGGCACGUCUCGAACGACAGAAGAAUCUGUUGACUAAAGAGGUCGAGUACCUGCGAGCACAGAUGAAGACGUUUGAAGCAGAAGAGGCAGAGUUCAGCCCUGAACAGGUUGACGAAGCACGGUCGAAGCGAAUCCACGAGCUGGAAGAGGCUCUCGAUCAGUAUCGGUCGGAGGUCCAGACACUGCAAAAUGAGAUCUCGAAAGUGGAGAAAGCGCCUGCAGCGCCACCACAAACGCCUAAGAAGCGCUCUCGAGAAGAAGAUGAAGCCUCAGACGAGCGUCUCGGAGAACUGCAGCGCAAGAUUCGCACGCUACAAGCAGAGUUGGAGAAGCUGCAAAAGCGCAACAACUUACUCGAAGCUGAGCUCAAGGCCAGCAACUCUCAAGUCAAGUCAUUGAAAGCAUCGUCCAAGACCCGCGUAUUGGAGUUCCGCAACAACCCAACAGCAGAGGUCGAAGCGAUCAAGAUGUCCACAAUCAACACACUGCAUGAUGAGAAUGCUUCAUUACUGGCACAGCUAGAAGGACAACCAAAUGGCACCAAAGUGGUCCCAGUCUCCUCACUUGAGAACAUCCGCCUCCAGCUAGAAGACACCAAAACGCAGAUGAAGAAAAUGGAGAAGAAAGACAUGCGACUUCGUCAAAUCUACUCUGCCAAAGCUCUCGAGUUCCGCGAAGCAGUCUGUUCAAUAUUAGGCUGGAAGCUCGAUUUCAUGCCGAAUGGUAGAGUGAAGUGCACAUCGAUCUUAUAUCCCACCCAAUUCUGCGAUGGCGAAGAGGUGGAGAACAGUAUUGUGUUUGAUGGCGAGAAUGGUACGAUGAAGGUCAGUGGUGGGCCACAAAGUGUUUUCGCAGGCGAGAUCAAAGAAAUGAUUGAGUUCUGGGUCGAAGGGAGGAAAGAGAUUCCUUGCUUCCUGGCUGCUCUGACGUUGGAGUUUUAUGAUAAGACUACGAGGGCGUUGAAGAUGUGAGAGGGUCUGUACAGCUUGUAUGAAGAGAAGAGACGACAGGUGGUAUUCGUGACGAGCGAGAGAAUGAUACCCAGAAUCGAAGUUCCAGAGGACUCGAACAGUCUUCCUUUCACCUUUCACCUUGCCAAGAUUCAC